UGCGCGAACUUUUCUAUAAUGCUUCAGUUUUGGUGCAAACGUCGGGGCGUGCGGACGUGUUUUAUUUUCCUUAGAAACGGUAACAGAGAGGAAACAGUUUUUCGGAUUGCUUCGAUCGAGUGGUGGCGGUGAUUUGGGGAGCAUAUUUAGUAGGUUGGAUGAAGUGAGUCGACGCCGUCGCCAGGAUGAAACCGUUGGCUGUGAUAUUGGCGCUUCUGAGCCUCCUAGCGUGUGAACCGGCCUGGUCGUACAAAAUUCUGGGACUAUUCCCCCAUCCGGGCGCCAGUCAUUUUCACUUUUUCGAGCCAGUCCUGAAGGGGUUAGCUGCGGUGGGCCACGAGGUGACUGUCGUAAGCCACUUCCCGAAAGAUGACCCUCCGCCGAACUAUGUCGAUAUACCGCUGGAAGGAAUGAAGCUGCUGUCGGAUUCGGUCAGCUUCGAGCUAUUCGAAUACCGACCCGCCUUCUCCCACUUCAUGGAAUUCUUCAUGCUGUACGAUUGGGGUAAGCAAGCCUGUGAUAAUGCGCUCAACUCAGCCGCCAUCAAGCAAAUACUGGAAUCCAAAGUCCAGUACGAUCUGAUACUGGUGGAACAAUUCAACAACGACUGUAUGCUCGGUGUGGCACACCUGUUGAAUGCACCCUUCAUUGGGCUCAGUAGUUGCCCGCUGAUGCCGUGGCAUUAUGACCGAAUUGGCAAUCCAAUUAACCCAUCGUACAUCCCAGCUCUGUUCAUGGGCUAUUCGGAGAAGAUGAGCUUCUCGCAGCGAACGGCCAACUUCAUCACCGCACAAACGUUCAAAGCCAUGUACAGCUGGUUCAACGAUAAUGCCGCCAAUGCGAUGAUCAAACAACGCUUCGGUGAAGGCUUGCCGGACAUCAAGGACCUCCAGAAGCGAACCAGCAUGAUGUUCGUCAAUCAGCACUACUCGCUCAGCGGUCCAAAGCCGUUGACUCCAGCUGUGGUCGAAAUCGGAGGAGCGCACAUUCAGGUGUUCAGAGAACUGGACGCAAAGCUGAAGCAACUGCUGGAUACGGCCGACCACGGAGUGAUCUACAUCAGCUGGGGCUCGAUGAUCCGAGCGGAAACCCUUCCGGAGGACAAACGCAAUGCGCUACUGAGUGCACUGGGCUCGUUUAAGCAACGAGUCAUCUGGAAGUGGGAGAACGAAACUCUGCCAAAUCAGCCGUCCAACGUGUACAUUAGGAAGUGGCUACCACAGAAGGAAAUCCUAUGUCAUCCAAAGGUUCGUGUCUUCAUGAGCCACGGUGGACUGCUAGGAAGUUCCGAAACGGCUUACUGCGGAGUUCCAGUGGUUGCCACUCCCAUGUACGGAGAUCAGUACAACAAUGCCGCCGCACUGGAGCACCGCGGAAUGGGCGUGGUUUUGCCGUACGAACAAAUCACCCGCGACACCGUCUACGAAUCGUUGAAGAAAGCCCUUGAGCCGGCCACCAUGGAGAAAGCCAAGCAAGUUUCGUACUCCUAUCGGAACCGGCCGAUGAAUCCGGUCCAAACGGCCGUCUGGUGGUGCGAACACGUGGUGGCCACCGGAGGUCUCCCGCUGGCCAAGUCCUACUCCACCGAGCUGCCGUGGUACGUGUACCACCUGUUGGACGUCAACUUUGCCCUGCAUGCGUUCAACUUUGUGUACCACCUGUGCUGGUUCUGGCUGGUGAAGCGAGUUUGCUGUCGCGGCGUUUCGGCGUUCAGUGAACCCAAAGUGAAGACCAAUUAAGCGCGUGGUGGGUAGGAUUAGGAGGACGAUAUAGACUGUACAAUAGCAAAAUGAACGGGGAGUUAGACGAUUACCAACUCUGCCUUUGUGAAUGAAAAUCCAGUUACUACUAAGUUAGGUUUUAGCUAAAAAGUAGAUAAUUAAAAACUUCUCAUGUCCUAAGUCUUUAAGUUUAUCUUAUGAUAGAAAGGAUUUGCAAGGAUACUUCCUGAAUGAACAUUAGACAAUAUUUUUGGCUUUCUUUCGAAUGAACUGCUGAACUUAGAAUCCAUUUAUUUUAUUUUGGAUAAUCUUGAAAACGAAGUGUUAUGAAGAAUAAAUAGAUUUGAAUCGAGAUAAUGAACAAGACCUUUUAAAAUAGACUUCGGAUGCAGUAAUGAACGUAGAUUGUAGUUAGUUAACUAUCACCAGUGUAAAUUUUAUUUCGUGUAAAAAUAUUGUGUACAAUAAAUCACCACAUUUUUUAAAUGCCGCGACGGAACCAAAAUAA